AUGUUUCGGGUCCGUACUCGUGGCUCUCAUGGGUACUAUGAGUACUACAAACUGUCGACCAAAUAUGGCGAGCUUGUCCGCAUAGGCCCCAACGACCUGAUCACAUCCGAUACAGAACUCAUCAGACGCAUGUCGGCGGCCAAGUCGACGUAUGGACGAAGCAGUUGGUACAAAGCCACGCGUCUAGACCCAUACCACGACAUGAUGGGCAGUGUACUCGAUAAGUCUGUUCAUCAUGCCCUGAGGACAAAGUUGCAACCUGGGUACAUGGGUAAGGACAUUGCUGGGUUGGAAACUAGCAUCGACUCUGGAAUAGCAGACUUGGUAAGCUUAAUUAGAAAGAGCUACGCCAGCAAGCAUCACCCGCAGGGGCCAGGGAACGCAGAUACUCCAAAACUCUUGGAGCAAACGCCUGUAGACUUUGGCCGACUCGCGCACUACUAUGCCAUGGAUGCUCGCUCGAGGAUGUCCUUUGGACAACCCCUUGGGCUUCUUCGGACAGACUCAGACGUCUUCGGACUGGUUGCUAUGUCGAAUCUGGCCAUAGAUAUCUUACAAUUCUUCACUGAUAUUCCGCCUCUUCAACGAAUUUUCACAUCAGACCUUGCUCUACGACUGCUUGGACCGAAACCGACGGACAAGAAUGGCUUUGGAAAGAUCAUGGGACUUGCCAAAGAGCACGUUGCCGCCCGAUUCGGUCCUGAUGGGAAAGAUGAGCCUGACUUACUCGGAUCAUUCAUACGUCGCGGUCUUGAUCAGCGCUCAGCGCAGUCCGAGAUAAUGUUUCCAAUGGUCGCUGGUUCCGACACAGCAGCAAAGGCCAUCAAAUGGACAAUGCAUUAUAUUCUCUCAAAUAUCUCUGUGUAUGAGUCUCUGGUGAAAGAGAUUGAUGAUGCCAUGCUCGAAGGAAGAAUAUCAGAUCCCAUCACAUAUCAAGAAGCCCAGCAACUGCCAUAUCUUCAAGCGGUCAUAUACGAGUCCCUCCGUGUGAGGCCCCCGUUUCCAGGCUUGGUGAUGAAACAGGUUGGGCCCGAGGGUGACAUCUAUAAUGGAAUGACGCUACCUGCAGGCACGAGAAUCGGGCACGACGUAGUGUCGGUGACCCACGAUAAGAGAGUCUUCGGUCAAGACGCUGAGGUGUUCCGGCCUGAGAGAUGGCUAGAAGCUGACGCGGAGACGGUAAAGUCGUGGAAGUCGCAGACUGAGCUUGUGUUUGGCGCUGGCCGAUGGCGGUGCACAGGCAAGUCUGUUGCGUUUUUGGAAAUGAACAAAAUCUUUGUCCAGCUCAUCCGGAAUUUCGAGUUUAAGUCUUCGAAUGUUGAAAUGCUUGCGAGAAUCUCCGAUCGUGGGAAAGUGUGCUAA